AUGAACGGAAAGGCGAUGAACCAAAAAGGGGAAAAUUUUGAACCCAAUCCUAUAUCUUUAUGUACGGAUAAUCCAGAUGGAAAGAUUUAUGAGAAGAAGAAGAAGAAGAAAUGGAAUAAGAAGAAAGGGAAGUUAGCUAAGAAGUCUGAUCCCCCAUGUGAUGGUGACAAGAAACUUCCCAUCUGCUCCCGUGAUGGGUUUCCUGAUCAUACCCAGAACUGUUCAUCAGUUGGUAUUCAGAAUUCUAAUAACUGUUCAAAGAUGAGCAACCAUGGGUCAGCCAACCCUGCUGUACUUCAAUGCAGCAAGGUCGAACUUGAAGAUUCUAAUGGCAGUGUUUGUGAAGAUAACAAGACUGGUAGUGGCAGAGCCUGCGCCCACGAUGGAAAAGAAAAUAGAUUUUUUGUAAAGAAGUGGCAGAAGAGGCAGCGUACUGCUAGGGAUCAACAAAGGCACUGGGUCAAGGAACAACCAAGUUACAGAUAUCCAGCUGUAGAGAAUAGUGUCUGGGUUGAGAGCAUGGUAAAAGUUUGGCAGCUAAUGCAUUGGUUUUUUCUGGACACAACAGUGGUGCGUAUGGGAGAACGCCCCGGAGAGUAUUGGGUGAAACACCACAACGGGUUGCUUCUCAACAGAGGUUGA